GAGGGCCGUUUGAAUUCUAACCAGUAGUGUUUGGGGGAAGUGUUAGCGUGCUUUGAAGCUCAAUUCGCAAGACUUUGUAUUUUACUUUUCUUUAUAUUUAUCUUCGUUUACCUUCUUACAACAUCGAGUCGGCUUUUCAAAGGUUUUACUGUAGCGUUAACAAAUUAAUGUGGCGGUAACGUUACGGCGAAUAUUUAUGUAGCCGUUAACAUCAGCUCACGUAGCUGCUAGCUAACGAGAGUAAAGCUACUUGCUGGAGAGCUGCUCUGGGUUUAAACUCUAGAAAAAUUAUCGACCAGUUGCUCUUUGUGACUGGGCAAUAACGUGUUUAGAAUAUGGACUCUGCUGCGAGGCUCAGGCUGACAAAGGACAAGAACCUUCAAAGGCCCGAAGUAAAGACUACCGGUGAUGGGCCAAAGCGGGUCCCAUUGCCACAACAUUCCCAGAUGGCAACAACUCCACAUCAGCGAGUUCUUGGUGUGUGUAAUGGACCUCAGCGCAUUCCGCGGCCUAUGAGCCAGCAGAAACCCGCAUCUCAUGUCUCUGUUGCUGUAAAGUCCACACAUCCUUCUGGACAAAAUGUGAACCCUGCUACUCAGGAUGGAAAUCGUGCAGCACAGCCCAAACGUGUUUCUCAACCAAACCAACCAAAGGCAACGAUGGCCAAACCACCUUCGCAACUGGUCAAACCACUAUCGGAACCAGUCAAACUACCAUCAGAACCUGUCAAAACACCAUCAGGACCGGCAAAGUUAGAGAAGCCACAGGUGUUGGAUAAACCUGCCAAGACUGAUCCUGCAAACACCUCUGGAUCAAACAAGCGGUGGAGCCUGGAGAAUUUUGACAUUGGCCGUCCCUUAGGAAAGGGUAAAUUUGGCAAUGUCUACCUGGCCAGAGAGCGGCAGAGUAAGUUCAUCUUGGCCCUGAAGGUCCUCUUCAAGUCGCAGCUGGAGAAGGCCGGGGUGGAGCACCAGCUGAGGAGGGAAGUGGAGAUUCAGUCUCACCUCAGGCACCCCAAUAUCCUCCGCCUCUACGGUUACUUCCAUGACUCAUCUCGUGUGUAUCUCCUCCUGGAGUUUGCACCCAAGGGUGAACUUUACAGUGAGCUGCAGCGCUGUGGGUGUUUUUCUGAGGAAAGAAGUGCUACAUACAUCAUGGAGCUGGCAGGUGCCCUCAACUAUUGCCACAAAAAGAAGGUGAUCCACAGGGACAUCAAACCAGAGAACCUGUUACUCGGGGCCAACGGGGAGCUAAAGAUUGCAGAUUUUGGCUGGUCUGUACACACACCCUCCUCCAGGAGAUCCACACUGUGUGGAACGCUGGAUUACUUGCCUCCGGAGAUGAUUGAGGGGAAAACUCAUGAUGAAAAGGUGGACCUGUGGAGUCUGGGUGUCCUCUGCUACGAGUUCCUGGUUGGAAAACCCCCUUUUGAAACAAAAAGCCAUGAGGAGACCUACCGCAAGAUAUCAAGGGUAGAGUACACUUACCCUGCGCAUAUUGAUGUCAGUGCUGGAGCCAAAGACUUGGUUGCCAGGCUGCUCAAGCACAACCCUAUGCACAGACUGCCAAUCCAGGGAGUCCUGACCCACCCUUGGCUGGUUGAGAACAGCAAGAAACCCACAACCCCCAACACCCAAGAGCCUAGCCUGUGAGCCUAUGUUCCCCUCCACCAAACACCUGAGGUCUGUAGGUUUGAGGUGUGAGAUGAGUUAUAUGUAUGUAAUGAACACCAGUGUGAAGCUGAUUUAUCACAAUCUGCUUGUACUAUUGACUACAAAAUUGCUUCAUGUAGGUGUUCUUGUCUGUGGGCGUCUUGAGCCACUUAUGUCUUUUAAUCCUCUUUUUUUGUUAUUCCUACCUUGUCUCACCAGUGGCAUUCUAUUGCCUGUAAAUAUUUCUUUUUUGUAAUUAUGAUUUUUAUUGAGCUUAAUGCAAUUACUUGAAAUAAAAGAUAAUUUAUCUUC